UAAAUAAAAACGAUACAUAUUUAUUGGCCUAAAUGGCUGAAUACAAUAAAGCUAAAAUUAGCAAACUGGUCCUAAAGGGUGAAAGUUCCAAAGGCACCAAACGAAAGCACAAAAAGGACAAGAAGGACAAGGAAGCGAAACGGGCGCACGUUGUCGACACGGACGCAGUGAAGCACGGCGGAUGGUGGAAGGUCACUAAAACCGGCGACAUUACCGGCUCGAUAGCACUUCAGUUUGAUAAGCAAGCGUACAUUAAAGCGCUCGAUAAUGGACUGUUCACGUUGGGUGCACCGCACAGCGAAGGUGAUCCUCCGGAUCCGGAAGAAAUAUUCAGUGCCGUGCUGAUCAACGAGGAGAAGGUAGCGUUCAAGUCGGGGUACGGCAAGUAUCUGAAGGUGGAAAAGGAUGGUAUGAUAACGGGCCGGUCGGAUGCGGUGUCAGCGCUAGAACAGUUUGAGCCAGUGUUUGAUCAAGGCAAAAUGGCACUGCUUGCGGCAAAUGGAUGCUUUGUUUCGGUGGACCCGGAGGAUGAUGCACUGGUCGCAAUCAAGAAGAAGGUCGGUAGUGAUGAGGAGUGUGUGAUUAGAAGCUGCGCCGGGAGGGAGGACAUCUCCAGCAAAGAGUUGCCGGUGGAAGAAUCGGGCGAUUUGGAUCAGGUGGAGCUUAACUAUGUCAAAAAGUUCCAAAAAUUCCAAGACAAAAAGGUACGCGUCAGCAAGGAGGACAAAAUUGCACUGAAAAAGGCAAAGGACGAAGGGGCGCUACACGAAGCGCUGCUCGAUCGACGAAGCAAGAUGAAAGCGGAUCGAUACUGCAAAUAAUAGAAUCCG